UCCUCUUCUUCUUCUUCUCCUUCUUCCUCUUCUUCUCCUUCUCUUAAAUACUACACCUCCUCUGUUUUCGCUUCUCAACCACUCCUUGCUUUUCUUUAUCCUCUCCUUUCAAUGGCCACCUUUCUUCUCUUCCUUCUCCCCCUUCUUUACGCCUCUUUUUCCGCCGUUCUCUCCCGGACCUUGCCUCACGCCCCUCAAACCUCCGUGCUCGAUGUCGCUGCUUCCAUUCACACCACUCGGCAGGUCUUUGCAUUUCAGCCUCAAUCUCCAAUGCGAGAUGAAAGUACCGUCUCGGACUCAUCUUCCUUGACUCUCUUGUUGAAUUCCAGGGUUUCCAUUAUGAAAACCUCGCACACUGACUACAAAUCCCUCACAUUAUCCAGACUCUACCGCGACUCUGCUCGAGUCAGAUCUUUGACUGCAAGGAUGGAUCUAGCCAUUCCAGGUAUUACUGGAGCAGAUCUUGAACCACUCCCGACUGGUGGUGCUUCGCAAUUUGGGAUGGAGGAUUUCGAGAGUCCGAUUGUCUCAGGCGCGAGUCAGGGGAGCGGUGAGUACUUCUCCCGAGUUGGAAUCGGUAGGCCGCCGAGUCCGGUUUACAUGGUGCUCGAUACUGGUAGUGAUGUAAGUUGGGUACAAUGCGCGCCUUGCGCUGAUUGCUACGAGCAAACCGAUCCAAUUUUUGAGCCUACUUCCUCUGCUUCUUUCACGUCUCUGUCCUGCCAAACACAGCAAUGUAAAUCGCUCGAUGUUUCUGAGUGCCGGAAUGGUACUUGUCUCUACGAGGUUUCUUACGGCGAUGGUUCUUACACCGUCGGCGAUUUCGUUACUGAAACUGUUACUCUCGGCUCGACUUCUCUCACCAACAUUGCUCUAGGCUGUGGCCAUAACAAUGAGGGUUUGUUCAUCGGCGCCGCCGGUUUGCUCGGACUAGGAGGCGGCUCGCUCUCGUUCCCUUCGCAGCUUAAUGCCUCGUCUUUUUCGUACUGUCUCGUGGACCGUGACUCUGAAUCCACCUCGACUCUCGAUUUCAACUCACCGAUUCCUCCCGAUGCCGUAACCGCGCCGCUGCACCGAAACCCUAAUUUGGACACUUUUUUCUACCUCGGCAUGACAGGGAUGAGCGUCGGAGGUGAAAUUCUUCCGAUUCCCGAGACGUCGUUCCAAAUGAGCCAAGACGGAAACGGCGGCAUCAUCAUUGACUCCGGCACCGCCGUGACGCGGUUGCAGACCACCGCUUAUAACUUGUUGCGCGACGCGUUCGUUAAGAAGACGCACGAUUUGCAGUCCGCACGUGGCGUGGCGUUGUUCGAUACUUGUUACGACUUGUCGUCGAAGUCGAGAGUCGAAGUGCCGACGGUGUCAUUUCACUUUGCGGACGGGAAAGAGUUGCCGUUGCCGGCCAAAAAUUACCUGAUACCGGUUGACUCGGAAGGAACAUUUUGUUUCGCCUUUGCCCCUACCGAUUCAACGUUGUCAAUACUCGGGAACGCACAGCAGCAAGGGACACGUGUCAGUUUCGACCUCGCUAAUUCGCUCGUUGGGUUCUCGUCCAACAAAUGCUAAUUAUUAUUUAGUUCUUAUUUUAAUAAUGGAAUUUUCGUCUUAAUCCCGUUCUUUUAUUAAGCUAAUCGCUCCAUUUUCAACAGGCUCUUGUAAUAUAGAUGAUGAAUAGACCACCGGUUAACGGUAACUGGCAAUAGUCGUAAAUUCUGAGAUGGCAUGAGGGCAGUACUGGAAAGAAGUGGAUAACGUUAGGAUUUACGAGGUCCAAUUAAAAAAUAGUUUUUGUUUUUUGUGGUGAAAUCCAGAGGAAUGGGAAACAGUUAAACGGUCAACUGCAAGUUGCAGGUUAGUCGUACGUUGAACAUUGGAUGCCGAGGCUGUGACGUUGAUUGGUCUGUCUUUCUUUAGCCUUUAGUUCUUGUCAUUUCCAAGUUUAUUUGUAAUAUUUUUUAGUUUU